CGUCGCAUAAACUUCGGAGUUCGUAAUUGUAUUUGGGCGUUGUAAACGAAAGUUACAAAAUAAUGUAUUAUUAUUUCGACAUAACUGUGAGCUAAUUUUAUUAUUAAUCGUUACAAUAAUCAAUAUUUAAGUACUGUAUUUCUCGUUGUUAAUAAAAUGCUAUAGAUUAAAUUUCUUGAGCUGCAGCCCAUUACACCGAAAUUGAUUUGUUGUUUUCGGAAAGAUUUGCAAGAAUAAGUAAUGCCGGAGCAAAGUAAUGAUUAUCGCGUUGUUGUUUUUGGCGCGGGUGGUGUGGGGAAAAGUUCCCUUGUUCUACGUUUUGUAAAAGGGACAUUCAGGGAAUCUUACAUACCGACGAUCGAAGAUACGUACAGACAAGUAAUAAGCAGCAACAAAACAAUAUGCACCCUCCAAAUCACUGACACCACAGGCUCCCACCAGUUCCCGGCCAUGCAAAGAUUAUCAAUAAGUAAGGGACACGCAUUCAUACUGGUGUAUUCAGUGAGCAGUCGACAGUCUCUCGAAGAGUUGAAACCGAUAUGGCAGACGAUAAAGGAGAUCAAAGGCACAGAGCUGCCGAAUAUUCCCGUGAUGCUAGCGGGGAACAAGUGUGAUGAGAGCCCGGAAAUCAGAGAAGUGUCCGCCGCCGAGGGCCAGGCUCAAGCGCAGGCUUGGGGUGUAUCCUUUAUGGAGACCUCAGCUAAGACCAAUCAUAAUGUUACACAGCUUUUCCAGGAGCUGUUAAACAUGGAGAAAAACAGAAACGUUUCUCUUCAAGUAGACGGAAAAGGUAAAAAGAAAAAAGACAAAGUAGUGAAGGACGGCGGAGAAGCGUCGGCGAGCGGCAGAGAGAAGUGUGAAGUCAUGUAACAUGGUCUGUUACGACUGCGGAACCCACCGAUAAUAAUAACCAGUCAGUUUGAUUCUAGUCAUUCAAUACAUCUGUCGUAUAAGUUCUAAAAGCACCGAUCUAGGGUAGGUAUUAUCUAUAGUAGUAAAUAAUUAUGCCUUUAAAUAUUAAUUUCCAUUGUGAUGGAGCUUGACAGUCAUUGAAAUGCGUAUUUUGCUAAUUAAAAUAUUAAGUUAUUUACACUAGUUAACAUAUUUUAUAAUGACUGACAUGAGAAAUAAUUCCGUAUAAUUGUUAGUGUGAAAAUACAACGAAAUCGAGUCUUUUUAGGACUCACUGUUACGCAAUUGAAUGCAUUAUACAAACAAUCGGGAUAAUCGAUAAGUUGAUUAAGGGACCUGCCGGUAUAUCUUGUGCUUUCUCAGUUAUAAACGAAGUGUAUUUUGCCGUGAUUCAAGAAUGUUAGUCAUACAUAGCAUAUUAUAAUAAGACAAACAGGGCAACUCCCUCCUGCUCGGCGCAUCAAUGGCUACAUUUCCCUCGCAGCGUAGGGUUGUCACAUUAUUAUUUUAAUUGUACCUACUUAGCGUAGGGUUUUAAUCAUAAUUUUAAAAAUUAUGACGUUCAUCACAGUGUUCUCGUGCUUUAUUGAAAUAGCCUUUGUUAUUAAUAAUUAUAAUGAAUUAUACAAUUCACAACAUCACAUCACAUUGAACAAUUCUGGACUUGAGUAACUUUUGUUUAAACCACCAUACGUAUGACAGUCCUAUAUAUUUUUUACAUAAUUGUGUUUAUAGUGACUCUCCUUACGAACCUAUUGGGUAUAUGGGAAAGGUACUAUAAGCUGUGCAAGCACAGGGGCGCUAUAAGUUCAGGUCAUGACCCCAGAUCAGCCCGUGGACAGGGUUGUCACUCCGGUUCUCAAAAGCUAGUUCAUAGCACCUUCUAUUAUCCCUCUAGGUACCGGAGCUGUUGGCACACUCAUUUCCAGAUGCCCCCCAUGCGCCUAUCCAGUUGCUAUUAUUCAGACACGGUUGGACCGACCGGGGGAUAUUUAGCUUAUCCUCUAAUAGUUAUCCUGACUAGCAACGGAGAUACCAGUCGCAGUGUCCUGUGACAAUGUCCGGACAUAGUUUCCAAU